UGUGGCUGUGGCUGCAGAGAAAGAGGGAAUGGACUCUGCAAACUCCAAUAUCUCAAUCUCAGUUUCUUCUUCUUCUUCUUCUUCUUCUAAAAGACCGUCGAAGCGCCUGUUGUAUGAUCGCCGUUACGGUUGGGUAGUUGAUGAAUGGAAAGAGCCCUCGGAGGAAGCAUUAGCAGGAGGACGCGGAAUGUUCUGCAUAUUGCCUCUAUCGAAAGCUCUCCUAAAUUCAGCUUCUCACUCUAUUAACCUUGCAGCAAAUUUUGCUGUCAAAGUCUUCGAAAGGCCGGAUCUUUUCACCCCUCAAGCAGUGAAGGAGAAUCUUGAUCAACAGCUUCAAAAAUUCAACUCCACCCUAAGAAAACAAGAAAUCAACUGUCUGUCUCUCAUGGAAAAAUUUCCAUCACAAACUCUCACCUUCCCCUCCCGUCUACAAAUGCAAACAAGAGAAUCAUAGCUGGCGUGAAGUAUGUAAAUUUUACUCUAUUUCUUGUUGUAUGUAUCUAAUCCGUACGUACAUCUCCAGGCAUAUUUUGUUUAUUUACAUGAAUUCAUUGGGUCUUUGUUUUA